UUGGUAUCGGGUGAAUCGCUCUUUAAUUAUGGAUUUAGUGACGAUGGAGCUCAUCACUAUCCUUGUCCGGUCCCUUCUUGUGACUAUAGCAGCGAAAGUCGUUCUGCCCGAAACUACCACUUGAGAAUUGAUCAUUCUGGUUACGAUUAUCAAAAUGCUAAUCAAGCGUCAUCUAGUCAAGAUGCAUCACGACAUGCCACUCGUAAAGUUACGCGUGAAUAUGGAAACAGAAAAGAAGCUGCUCGCAAAGGAUCUUCGAGCUCACACAAUGUCAAGAUUGAGGCCGAGCUCGAUGAUAUCCACCCAUUUGAAGCCAGUAGUAGUACACGAAUUGAAGACUAUCACCCAGUCGACUCGAGUGACGCUUAUUCAGAAAUAGAAGAGUUUGAUGUGGAUGAACACUAUGACCUUUCUAACUAUACAGGAGUUGAUGUAUGA